CCACAUGACACUAUAAAACAUGGAUUUUAGACUGUUUUUUUUCAUCCUCCGCCUUCUCAAAUGAAACAUGCAUUUCCUCUUUCAUUCUCUACUUUUUUUUUUCACCCACACGCUUUCCUUUUAAAGUGCACCAGAAGUGAACUACACAUCCCGGAGUGCUCCUGAUAACCCCUCCAGUCUGGGUCUGUGUGAUUUGGCGCUGAGCUGGACACCGAGCGACUACACCGACCAGGCCUAGACCAAAAAGCAGGGUGCUUUCGUUAAACCAGAGGAAGAGGGAGCUAGAGAUUAUUAUUAAGAAGAAUGCACAUCGGAGGGGGUGCAAGAACUGAACAUAUCUGUGUCUCGCAGGGGUUUUCACUAAAUGCUCCUGCCCCUACAUUGAGGAAGAGCCAAGCAUUUGGAUUGGGCAGCAACCAGAUAGCGUAGCAACCCCCCUCCUCCUCCUCUCUGUUGAGAAUUGCGUUAAACCGAAAAAGGAAAGGCCUGCGCUUUAUCUAUAUUACAGGAUUAUUUUUUUUUUUAGAUUUUUUUUUCUUAUAGAUUAAACGAGGAAACGUUGCUGGCUGGUGUAUGUGUUUAGAAUGGGACACGCUGAAGGUCCAGUCAAAGAAAAAGACAGUUAAGGAUGCAGGAGCCCAACAAUGGAUUUCUCCUUCUCUUUCAUGCAAGGGAUCAUGGGAAAUACAAUUCAGCAACCCCCUCAGCUCAUUGACUCAGCCAACAUCAGACAGGAAGGCACCUGCGACACCGGCAGUGACCCGGGCGAGGAUGGUGGACCCUCCUACGAUGCUGCCCUGGAUGCAGAGUUUUCCUACCCGCCGUCGGCCUCGGAGGACAUGUCACAGGUCUCCAAUGGCUACCCGCCGGGUCUGGGCAUGUACGAGCCGCAGGCCAAGUUCUCCAUGUACUCGCAGUUCCCCAACGGCUCGGCUAACGGCUACGGGGCCAUACGGAGCUAUGGAGAACAUGGCCUCAUGCCGGGGGAGGGGACGGUCCUGAGAGGCCCGGGCCUCCAGGAGAGACCUUUGUCUCCCGUGUCUCCUCCUCUGCCCACACAUCACCCACACCUUCACCACCAUCAUCAUCACCCCCACCACCACCACCACCACCACGCGCACCACUUCCACUCAAACCCCCCUCAUAUACAAACCCACCAGCACCCACAGAGUCCUCCUCCACCGCCGCUGCCCUCCCAGCACCACCUCUCCCAGACGCCUCACAUCAUGACCCACACUCUCCCCCCUCCUCCCCCAUUACACCUGCCUUCCUCCAGUCCUCCCCCCUCCCUUGUGGACAGUACCCCUUCUUCUCAACCCUCCCACACCCCGUCCAACACCCCUGGUGGGGUGCUGAAGAAAACCAGCUCUCCAGAGAUCAAGCUGAAGAUCAUAAAGACGUAUCAGAACGGAAAAGAGCUGUUUGAAUCUGCGCUGUGUGGAGACCUGCUGCAAGAACUGCAGAAGGAGUCUCAGAAGAACGAGGCUGCUCAGAUGCAGCGCAGACAUGAGAGGAAGAAGGAGAAGAGGAAAAAGAGUGCGAGGCUGCAGCUGCAGGUCCAGGAACAGAGCCUGGACCAGAGCCAAGCACAAGCAGGUACCACAGGCCAGACAGAGGACAUCAACAUCCAGCCCCAGCUGAUAGAAACACCCCCAGCCCCGACAGAGAAGCCUCAGAAGACCGUUAUCAAAACUGAACCAAAGACGCCGAAGGUUCCGAAGGUCCAUCAUCCAUCAGUGAUCCAAGAGACGGGUUUCUGUAAGGAGUUUGUGAUAGGAGAUCUGGUUUGGUCCAAGGUGGGCACCUACCCCUGGUGGCCCUGCAUGGUCUCCUCUGACCCGCAGAUGAAGGUCCACACUCGCAUCAACACCAGAGGUCACAGGGAGUAUCACGUCCAGUUCUUUGGCAGUGUUGCUGAGCGAGCGUGGAUCCAUGAGAAGAGGAUAGUCAUGUACCAGGGGAAGCAACAGUUUGAUGAGCUUCAGGCUGAGACUCUGCGCAAGACCACAAACCCUGUGGAGAAACACAAAUUGUCAAAGAGGUGUGAGAGAGACAUGAACAAGAGGUUCUGUAAGUAUUUUACACUUCUGAAGCCUAUCCCUCAGCGGGAGCGUUCUCAGUGGGAGGUGGGUGUGGGCCAUGCCGAGGACGCCUUCCCGAUGACGCGGCAGGAGCGAAUUGACAACUACACCUUCAUCUAUGUUGACCCAGAGCCUACUGAAGCCCCGCCCAGCAAGAAACCCAACAUCAGAGCUGAGAAACGAAACCGGCGCUCCAGCGGCUCAAUCAGUAAGAAGGAAGAAGGAGGAGUGAAGUCGCCAGACAGAGAGCAGCCGCCACGAAGGCAGCUGCCACGCAGACAGUGUAGCGUUUCAAACACAGACGACAACACGAACUCCCAGGCCUCAAAUGAAGAGAAGAACCAGAGGGGGGACCAGCGUAAGACCAGCUCCCCGAAUCAGAGCGCUGGUUGUGAUGCACGAGUACAGCAGGACUCACCACCACCGGUCAGGGCCUGGAAAACAGCAGCCGCCAGAAAGCUGCUGCCUCUCUCGAUCACCAUGAAGCGGCUGAAUGUGGAGAUCACAAAGUGCGACUGGCCUCUCCUGCAGAAAAAAGCAGCUACGUCUCCGAAAAAGAACAAAGAAGAAGAGAAGGAGGAGAGGGUGGAGAGAGAGGCCAGGCAGCCCGACCUGGGAUACUGCUCACCUGAGCAGGACAGCAGAGCUAAACCUGAGCCCAGUCCUGAGGAGGAGGAAGACGGGGAUGAAGGGGAGGAAGAGGGGGAGGAGAGGAGAGGCUCCCCUGCCAGUCGGAGGAGUGAGGAGGGAGGAAUGCAGCAGACCUCCUCCCCUGGAUCACCCCACAGUAGUCCACAAGGCUCUCAGGAGAGGAAGCUGCAGCGCCGAUCAGUCAGGAGCAGGUCUGAGUCAGAGAGAGGCAGCGAUCCCGUCCCUAAGAAGAAAACCAAAAAGGAACAGGCAGAGAUGGCUCCUGAGACCACACUAAGGACAGGUUCACAGAAAGGAGCCAGUGAGAUCUCAGAUGCCUGCAAGCCCCUGAAGAAGCGAAGCAGAGCGUCAACAGAUGUGGAGAUGGCUUCUUCUCAGUACAGAGACACCUCUGAUUCUGACUCUAGAGGCCUCAACGACCCCCAGGGUUUAUUUGGGAAGAGCCUUGAUAGUCCAGCAGCAGCAGAUGCAGAUGCUUCAGAUACUCAGUCUGUGGACUCCGGCUUGUCCCGUCAGGACGGCAGCACCGGCAAGAGAGACACCGUCUGCCAGAUCUGCGAGGUGUAUGGAGAGGGUUUGGUGGUGUGUGAAGGUGACUGCAGCAGACAGUUUCACCUGGAGUGUCUUGGUCUGACGUCCCUUCCUGAAGGCAGAUUCACCUGCUUGGAAUGUAGAAAUGGCAAUCAUCCUUGUUUUAGCUGUAAGACAGCGGGCCGGGAGGUGACGCGCUGCUCUGCGUCUGGAUGUGGUUGUUACUACCACGAGGAUUGUGUCCGUAAACUCCCAGGCACCACCAGCAGUACGGGCGGAGGCUUCUGCUGCCCUCAGCACAGCUGCUCUACCUGCUGCCUGGAGAGAGACCUGCAACGAGCCAGUAAAGGUCGUCUGAUGCGUUGUAUCCGCUGCCCGCUGGCCUAUCACACAGGAGACAGCUGCGUGGCGGCAGGCAGCGUCGCCCUCACCCAUCACAUCAUGAUCUGCAGCAACCAUGGCAGUGCCAAGAGGAACGGCCUCCUAACCUCCCCCAUCAACGUGGGCUGGUGCUUCCUGUGUGCCAGAGGGCUGUUAGUGCAAGACCUUACUGACACCAUAUUAAGUUCAUAUGCCUAUAAGUCCCACUACCUUCUGACUGAGUCAAAUCGUGCUGAGUUGAAAUUACCUAUGAUUCCCUCUCCUUCGUCAGCUACCAAAAAGAAUGUUGGGAAAGGAGGCAAGUUGCUGUGCUGCGACUCAUGCCCGGCUUCCUUCCACCCGGAGUGUCUGGAGAUUGAGAUGCCGGAGGGGGCGUGGUCCUGCAGUGAUUGCAGGGCAGGGAAGAAACCUCACUACAAACAAAUUGUCUGGGUCAAACUGGGCAACUACAGGUGGUGGCCAGCAGAGAUCUGCAACCCUCGCUUGGUGCCAUCAAACAUUCAGAGCCUUCGCCACGAUAUUGGAGACUUCCCUGUCUUCUUCUUUGGCUCCCAUGACUACUACUGGAUCAACCAGGGCCGCGUCUUCCCCUACGUGGAGAACGACAAGAACUUUGUCACGGGUCAAAUCAACAUCAACAAAACCUUCAAGAAAGCUCUGGAAGAAGCAGCCCGGCGGUUUCAGGAGCUUAAGGCACAGAGGGAGAGCAGGGAGGCUCUAGAGCAGGAACGCAACUCACGCAAACCUCCACCCUACAAAUUCAUCAAGUCCAACAAACCAGUGGGGAAAGUGCAGGUACACGUAGCUGACUUGUCAGAAAUCCAACGAUGCAACUGCAGACCAACAGAUGAGCAUCCUUGCAGCCUCCACUCACAGUGUCUCAACCGCAUGCUGCAGUACGAGUGUCAUCCACAGGUGUGUCCUGCAGGAGACGGCUGUGAGAACCAGUGUUUCUCCAAGCGGCUGUAUGCAGAGACAGAAGUGAUAAAGACAGACGGCCGUGGCUGGGGCCUCAGGACCAACCAGGCCCUCAGGAAGGGUGACUUUGUGUGUGAGUAUGUGGGAGAGGUGAUAGACUCAGAGGAGUGCCAGCAGCGAAUCAAACGCGCCCAUGAAAAUCACGUUACCAACUUCUACAUGCUCACCCUCACCAAGGAUCGUGUGAUAGACGCCGGCCCAAAAGGAAACUCAUCUCGGUUUAUGAACCACAGCUGCAGCCCAAACUGUGAAACCCAAAAGUGGACGGUAAACGGAGACGUUCGCAUCGGACUCUUCGCCCUCUGUGAUAUCGAGGCUGACACAGAGCUGACGUUCAACUACAACCUGCACUGUGUGGGCAACAGGAGAACGUCUUGUCACUGUGGAUCAGACAACUGCUCUGGAUUCCUCGGGGUGCAGCCAACGAGUGCUGUGGUGAUGGAGAAAGAGGAGAAGGCCAGGAACGCCAAGCUGAAGCCGAAGAAGCGGAAGCUGCGGCCGGAGGGCAAACACGCGCACGAAUACUUCUGUUUUUGCUGCGGAGAGGGAGGGGAGCUGGUCAUGUGUGACAGAAAGGACUGUCCGAAAGCGUACCACCUGCUGUGUCUCAACCUCACCAAGCCGCCAUACGGACGUUGGGAAUGUCCGUGGCAUGACUGCAGCAUUUGCAGCGCCCCGGCCUCGUCUCUCUGUGACUUCUGCCCUCGCUCGUUCUGUCGGGAUCAUGAAGCGGGGGCGCUCACUUCCUCCUCCCUCGAAGGCCGCCCCUGUUGCUCCAGUCACAACCCCGUCAGUCCCCUGGACUCCAACUCCAGCUCGACCCAGUCGCGACGCUCCACCCUGAGCCCCAUCAGGGUCAAAGAGGAGCCGGAGCUGUGCCAGCUGGCCUCAGAGUGACACUGCAGCUCCCUCAAUACCUCAUUCCCUGUAAAGUGCGCUCCUGUUGGCCUCCUGGGCUCCAGUCCACCUCUGAUCUGAAGCAGCGCACUACGAAAGGGAAUACAGUGCUUUUUGACCAGUGCAAUGGCCCCUAUUCAGAGACGAGACACACAGACGAACACCUCGAUGCUGUUUGUGGCGAGAGCAGAGCGACUGGAGUGUCGGCGGGGGAAGUGUCCAGGCAUCAUUUUCCCUCCUCUCUUGCCAUAAAACACCACUACUAACGCUCUCUCCAGCUCUCCUGCGCCCAUCGUAGGGCCCAGAUCACCACCUCAUUAUUGUUUUUGUUAUUUUUACAGCUGUGGAAAGUUUAAGUGUUGUCACAUCGUCAGUUACCGGCACUUUGAAGAACUCACCAAGUGAGGUGGAGGGAGAGGUAGAGAGAAGAGGAGGAGGAGAUGAGAUACUGAACCUCUCCACCACCACCACGCUGCUCCUCUCCUUGUUUACCUGCUGUAAGCUGUGGUCGGCAUCUCACACACAGGAUGACUGCACGGAGACGAGCCAGCCUUUUCUCCUCCUCCACAGCCGAUCAUCACUCCCGGCGUGAUCUGUCAUGAUAUUUAUCUCUUCUUCUUCUUGGAGGAAAGGAAGGGGGGGGGAUGACAGAUUUUGUGCAAUUUUUUUCAGGACCACACUACAUUCCAACCUUCCUUAGACAUGGUUUUAAUAUACUUAUGGGUAAAGAUGAAUAUAAUUAUAUACAGUAUCUAUGUUUGUUAAUGUUUACAGACAGAUUCUCUCACUUCAUCUCGGUGAGUGGUGUAUUAUGUUUGUUUGUUUAGGUGUUAAGCAUUACGCAGACCUCCUUGUGAAAAUAGUCCUAUUAAGGUGAAAUAUAAUGGUAUAUAGUGUAAUGGUAUGACAUUACAGAAGUACUUGUGACUUUCAUAUUGCCAGUCUCACUCGCCAUUGUGUACAUAAUUGGCUCAUAAUAUUGUAAAGUACUUAAAGAUCAGGAGGGACGUAGCCUCGCCUCUCUGGUUGUUCCUGGAAGAAGGAAACGCUUUUUUUAAACAACAAGACAGAUCCUUUUUACUUUCUUUUUCGAUAAAGUUCUGUUCCCACAUUUCCUCCGAGCAGUUACUGUUAUUUGUAUUGUAGAUGGAGGGGCUCAGCUUGUGAUCACUGGUGCUGUCUUAAAGUAUUGUUAAUCAGCCUUAAGUUUGAUUCUGGCUGUAGUAACUACUGCCCAGAUGCAGUCCAUUCAGUAACGUUGUGUACUGUGACCGCUUUGAUGCGUGUUUUGGUUUUUCUUUCCAUUUUUUGUUUAGCCAAACUUUUCUGAAAAGCACUUUUACACAGCUUGUCGCUACACAAUUUAGCUAAGUCAUACAUAUACAGAAAUGUAUAUUAAAAAGAACAUAAGACAAGUGUUUCAAAAUGGAUACCUCUUCUUCUUGUAGUAACGUCAGAAACUGUGUUGUAACUUUUUUUCCUCUCUGUCAGAAACGUGGCGACUGCUGGGGGCGUGUUUUUUUUUUUUUUUUUUUGAGGAAAGUUAAUUUUUUUGUUUUUGUUUGUUUCUUUAGCACAAGUAGGAAUGACUGCCAGCCUGGCUUCGUACAAAAAAGUCCUCGGUGUCCUCGAGAGGCACUUCUUAAUUUUUCCACCUGGAGAACAUCUUCAAGGCUGGGCUUCAUAUAAAGACGUAAUGGUAUAACAACAGUCCAGUCCAGUCCAGUAUAAUGUACAAAUACAAACUUCUGUACAGUGUUUUUAAUCGCUCAUCUGUCAAAUCCAAAUUUUUGUAUUUAUUGCACCACAUUUUAUACCAAUUUCUUUUUCAAACACCAGUGCAGUAAUUUGACUCCCUCUCCAACACAGUGUAAGUGAAAUAGAUGAUUUAAAAAAACAUGGAGAGUUUUACAUAAUAUAUCUGUAUCUAGUCAUUGCAUACGUAUUUUUUUUUAACAUUUGGUGUAAUGAUUCCACAUUUGGUAACAGCCGCUGCUCAUCGACCUGUAUCGUGACUCACUGUAAUUGUGUUAAAAGCAGUGUGAAGCAGUUUAAUAUAGGAAUGUAAAGUUUCAGUUUCAGAGCAGUUUUUGUGUUUUUUUUUUAUUUAUUUAUUUUUUUUUAGCCUGGACUCAAGUGAUCAUCACAGGAGGAAGUUCAUCUGUAGUCAUGCCUCUGCCUUUUGCUUGUGAUUCUACCGCGGUUACAUGGCUGUUUGUUUGUGUUUUCCGCCUGUAAAAGAUUUUUAUUUUAUUUUUUUUAAAGCCUCCCGUCGUGGUCGGUGUUAAAAGUCGAGCCACAGGGUGAAACAGUGCCAAUGUUUCAAAUAAUUUCAGUUCAUUUAGGGAUCUUCUCGAAUGCAUAGAGUAGAUACACUCAGCUGCCAGUUUAUUAGGUACACAUGCUACACGCUAAAACUAAUGCAGUCAAAUGCAACAGUCCUGCAAUAAAUCCUACCUUCAUGACGGUUUUAAUGUGCAGUUUUUAUUUAAACUGUUGUAGAGAGGUGUUGAUUCAGCUGUGUGAUCAUUUUGAAGGCUGUAGUUUGUGGUGCUGCUGAAUUGUAUUGCGAUAUAUUGGCAAGUGUGUCUAUUAUUUUGUCCACCCCAUUUAUUUCUAUGAUGGUAGGCUAAAUAACAGAAACACCUCUCUGUAUAAAGCAGUACAGUCCAACUACAUCCUCCAAAAUGAACAUGCAGUUUAAUCAACACUUCUCUACAACAGGUUCAAUAAAAACUGGACCUUACAACCUUCAUGAAGGGAGGAUUUAUUGCAGGACUGUUGUAUUAGACUGGAUUAGUUUUAGCUCGGUGCACCUAAUGAACUGGAAGCUGAGUGUAAAUCAUGAAGAAAAAAGACUAAAGAGAGAAAAAAACAGAAGGGGAGUCAUUGAAUGCAGAAAAGUGAGGAAAUUCCAGACAUGAUUUAUAAAAAUACUCUGCUUGGAUUAAUAAUAUGUUUAAUAUCUGAUAUUUUUCUACAAAGAAGUUCUAAAAAAAAAAAGUUAUGCAAAAAAUCUAAAAGAUUAAAAACAACAUUCUUGUGUCAAAUUCUGCACAUCUUCCUGCACAGUGAAGGUCAAACACUGACGUAAAGUAACAACAAGCGACACAUACCUUUCUGAGCAGAGAGGUACUUUAAUGUGCUAAAUAUAUGCACACAUACAUACAUAACACAGGCACCUAAUCGGAUAAAGAACACAGAAAAAGACUUGGACUUCUUUUUCUGUGUUCUUUAUGCCAUUCAAUGCCUGUGUUUGUGCGCAAAUUUAGUAAAUUACAUUUUCUCACUUGUCUGCAUUCAACAGCUCCUCUUGUUUUUUCUUUCCGUUAUUAUCGACCCUUCUAGGAAGCCGUGGAUUCCUGAAAAAAGACUAAACUUGAUGAUUUCCUUGCUCCCGCAUUUGCCAAAGUCUUCGCAUUAAGAGACGCAUUUCAGUUCAAUAGGUUGUUGUAGGAAUUAGGCCACUUCAGUACUUGUUCGAUAUCAGGUAGGUGCAUCAUUAUGGCACUUUUACUUACAUACUCAAACGGUCUGCGUGUCUAAACUUGAAUUUUCUUUAUUUUAUUAUUUAUUUGUAUAAUUUUUUUUACACAGGAUUCAUACAGGUGUGAUUAUCAGACCGCAGGCAUCCUUGACUUUUGUGUUUGUGGCUUCAGAAAAAAAUGUCUGACUAAUGACUUGUGAUUAUAUAACUGGUCUUAAAGCCUUUUUUCUUCUUUUCAAGGUGACUUGUUUAGCUGAAAUGCAUGCUUCCAACAUUAGACACUGGUUUAAUCCACUUCUGUAAUCAGUUGGAAAGUCUUUAAAUGCCUGAUUUGAAUGCCAACAUUUAUUUUUUAUGUGUUCCUUUAUUUUACCGUAUACAGCCUUUACUUUUUUUGCACCUGCCGAUCGCAUGAUCGUGAAUCACUUUGUGCCAGUUUGUCCUCUCCUGCCCUUCUCAGCUGAUACAGCAGCAGUAUUACCUAUGCCUAAUUUAAGUGCAUCAUUUCAUUUAAGUAAAAUACUAUCUGAUGUGAAUGUUUUGUUGGUUUAUUCUCAUUGUAGAGCCCGCAUCUAUUUUUUUUUUUUUAAGAGACAGCAUGUUUGUUCUCAUUUAAGUGACCCUUACAUAAUCCUGAGGAGGAAUUACCUAAUUAAUAUUUUCACAUACACUUAAAUUUAGGAAGAACCCCCGCCUUGUUUGUCAAAGGGUAUGUUUCAGUUCACUGUGACGUCUUUUGGUUUUUGUGCAAUGUUGCCGACUUCUCUAAGUUUUUAAUUGACAUGCUGUCAGAGGAGAAAUAGUGUUGGAAUAAAUAAAUAAAGAAAGAAAGAAAUUCACCUCCAUAAGCACUCAUCUCUUUUUACUUGUAGAAAAAUUACUUACAGUAACUCUAACUGGGGUCAUAUCUAUCUCUCUUGGUGUUGCUUCAAUUAAAACGUGGAUGAACACAAAAUACCAUGUUGAUUACUGUUCAACCUGUGUUACUGCAUACUGCAUAUUGUUGAGGAACCUGUAAAUAGUUUGCAUUGAACUUGCAUAGAAUCAUGUUACUGUGGCGUGCUCUUUUUGCCUGUACAAUUCUGCUUCUAAAUGUGUGUGACUGUUGAGACGACGCUCUUUUUGUACAUGACUGUCUUUUUAUUUGAGAAUAUUGAUUCUGUCCUUUUUCAUUCUAAAGUUGAGUUUGAGGAGUUCAGACAUGCCUGAAGUUUGACUUUAAUAAAGCUGUACUCUGUCUCAGUGAAA